AUGGAGGAGGUGAUGGAGGAGGUGAUGGAGGAGGUGAAGGAGGAGGUGAUGGAGGAGGUGAUGGAGGAGGUGAUGGAGGAGAUGAUGUUCUGGAGCAAAACAAAGGAUGUGGUCCAUGACUUUACCACAAAGAAUAAGUGUUACGUCACCAUGGAGGACACGUUUGUGGGAUCUCUGCUGGACGGCCUGACGUGGUGCAGCAAAGAGGGCAGCAAAGACACCUUCACCUCCGGUUGUCCUGAGUGGUCCGACUGCGACAACAACCCGGUCCGCUCCUUUUGGAAGACGGCUUCAGCUUCAUUUGCACAAGCCGCCUGCGGUAAAGUGUCCGUCAUGUUGAACGGAUCCAUCGCCGCCCCCUUCAGUCCCGAAAGUAUGUUUGCGAGUGUUGAGAUCAAGAAUUUAAACCCGGCCAAAGUACAGAAGCUGGAGGUUGUCCUGCUCACGGGAAACAAGAUAUCAAGCUGCUCUAGUCCGUCUUUAAAAAACCUGCAGAGAGAGCUGCCCCAAGGCAUCGCUUAUGGCUGCAAAGAGGUUCCAGAGUCACGGAUCGAGGAAUGUGCCUUGCAGCCAGACCUGCCCUGUGGCUCGUGUUGGUGA